UGUAUGUGUCGAGCAGCUGAGAGAAGCAGCAAGCAGAUACACUGCAUCCACAGACUUCUGUCCAGCCCUAACCAAACAACUGUGCUCUAACCGCUGCUGAGGAGUCCGUCAGAAAAUGGCUCGGAUGGUCAGUCGCUUCUGUCAGCUGCUUGGUAAAGUGCCUGUCAAAUGUCCUCUCCCCCAGAGGAGUGUGGUGUUGAUGCGAUCGCUUGGCACAACCUCUGGCCUGAGGUCACUGACACGCUACGAUCAGUCAGGCGGGAGCACAGACUGGAAGAAGAAGCUCACUCCAGAACAGUACACGAUGACAAGAGAACGAGGAACAGAAGAGCCUUUCAGUGGCCUCUACCUAAGCCACACGGAAGAGGGCAUGUACCACUGUGUCUGCUGUGACACUCCUCUCUUUAGCUCUGCAUCUAAAUUUAAUUCGGGGACAGGAUGGCCAUCUUUCACUGAGGCCCAUGGAACAUGGGAGCAAGAUGAAAGUCAUGCCAACAUUCUGCGUCGCCCUGACAACUCACUAGGUAGCACAGCAACAGAAGUUAUUUGUAAGCAGUGUGAUGCUCAUCUCGGUCACGUGUUCGACGACGGGCCAGAGCCCUCAGGCCACCGCUUCUGCAUUAACAGCAUUGCACUCAACUUCACACCAAGUGCUAAGAAAUAAGGGCCACAAAUUGUCACACUGAUAAGGUCCCAUGAAUGCCAUAUGCUCCCUUGAUCGCUCCCUCAAGUCUCUACCCAGGUAUGUGAUCAGAUACAUCAAUGACACAUCAAGAAGGAAGACCGAGAAGAGGAAGUAUCGAAACCAUGCUCCAACCACCCUAUAAAGGAUUAAACAUGAUUCAUUCGGAGGGCCAUACCAGCAGUCUGUUAACAUCUUGGUGGAACACCUUGCAGUGACAAAAAAAUAUUUGAUAAACAUUUGUGUUUAUUCAUGCUUACCAGGACACUUCCAUUUUGGCUCUAUUAAAAAAAUACAUAAAAUUG